GAAUCUAUUUGGUGAGCUAGGAAAUUUCAUGAUCUUCAUUCUAGUUGCAACUUUGCCACCGUACGGACACACAGUAUUCAGGAUGAUCAUUUCCAGCACUUUAUUGUGGAUAUUUGUUGUGAUCACUGCUACUGCAGCAUCUCCAAUGCAAUUCAAUUGCACAACGUCUGGUCAGAGUAUCUGUGAAAUCACCAACAUUAUCAUCACAGAGUAUACUGAUGUAUCGGAGUGGGAGUUUCCUGAUCAUCCUGAAAUUGCCUUUGGAAGCCACCCGGCGCUAGAUGACUCAACUAUCAUUACAAUGGUCUCCAAAGAAGUGUCAGAGAAGCUGACAAACACGCAAAGCAUCCAUAUGCAAAACGUUUCGUUGAUGACGUUCUUCCUAUGGGAACAUCUCAUCAGUCUGGAUGUGUCGUACAACUAUCUCUCCGAACUUAUAGUAGAUCCUACAGCGAUGUACAACUUAAAGUCCCUAAAUAUGCAGCACAAUCGUCUUAUGAGCAUCGAUUUCCUGAAAGGCCUCUACAAACUACGUGAUCUGGAUCUUAGUAAUAACUAUCUGGAGAAAAUCGACCUCUCAAUUUUGGAUCCUGCAAAAGAUUUGGCCACCCUCAAGCUCUCGAACAACCGAAUCCGAACGAUUACGACGUCCUUUGGAGAUAUGCUGCAUUUGCCACGUUUAACAGUGCUAAUGUUAAACCACAACCAACUGUCCAUCCUGGAUGCCAGCCGAUGGCAAUUCAACGUUCUUCAGGAUUUGUUCCUGUCCAACAACCGCCUAUCCUAUAUCAGCAUGUGUGAAAUACAAAACUCAUUUCCUCGGCUGCAGUCGCUUUACUUGGAUGGAAAUCAAUGGGAGUGCUCUAAUUUGAACAGUACCGUUACCCAGCUCCACGAAUUGAGUGUGAAAUUGGUAAGUCACACUUCUCACAACUGUACGGAAGCCAUCGAAAAUAUUUGUUGCUCAUAAGCAGCAACCAAGGAAAAUGUACAACUCGAAACACAGAAGCGGAUUGUUGAGUGUUGAUCCAGAACCAGUCUCGUGUAAUUUGUCAACCAUAAGGUCACUCCUAAUAAAAAAGUUAAUAUAUUGGUGCGCA